UUUAUACUGAUAGUGAGUGGGCAAAGUUCAAGCCAUCUUUAUAAAUGUUAUGAUACGGAUGGGAACCAGUCUGUUUCCUUCAUGCAGCAGUGAUGGUCCCCUACAGACUUGCCCAGCUUUGCUGCCUAGCUAUUUUAUUUGUUUAUGGAACAGCGUUUGUGAUCAGUAACAGACAAGACAUUAACGAUGACCUUAUAGAUGCCGGAAAAUUAGUUGAAGAUAUUCCCCAAAUAAACCAAAAAUAUGGAGAGAACUUGUUUCAAGGCGAUAUUAAGUUAUCAAGCAAUGUGAGGAAUGCUCUACGCAAUGAGUCCUACAGAUGGACCUUCCCUAUUCCAUACAUAUUGGCUGACAAUCUGGACCUGAAUGCAAAAGGAGUGAUUCUUCAGUCUUUUGAAAUGUUCCGCCUUAAAUCAUGUAUUGACUUUAAACCUUAUGAAGGAGAAGCAUCAUUUAUCCAUUUCCAGAAGUUUGGUGGAUGCUGGUCAAUGGUUGGAAGACUGCCCCAAGGACAGGAUCUUUCCAUUGGUGAAAGAUGUGACCACAAGGCAGUCGUGGAACAUGAAAUUCUCCAUGCUUUGGGAUUUUAUCAUGAGCAGUCUAGAACAGACAGAGAUGACUAUGUUGAAAUCUGGUGGAAUGAAAUCACUGAUGGUUUGCAACACAAUUUCAAUACGUACGAUGAUGGAUUUAUCACCGACUUGAAUACUCCAUAUGAUUAUGAAUCUGUAAUGCAUUACGGCCCCUUGUCAUUCAACAAGAACCCAAACGUCCCUACAAUCACAGCCAAGAUCCCAGCGUUCAAUGACAUCAUUGGUCAGCGUCUUGAUUUAUCUGCAUUAGAUCUGGAGCGUCUGAAUCGCAUGUACAACUGCACGACACCUCACACGCUCCUUGAUCAAUGUUCCUUUGAAUUCAUUAACAUCUGCGGGAUGAUUCAGGGAACGACUGAUAAUGCGGAUUGGGUGCAUCAGAUCAGUAGCCCAGGAUUAUCCGAUGACCACACGUUAGUUGGACGCUGUAGAGAUGCUGGGUAUUUUAUGCACUUCACUACCAGUGCUGGUCUCGUUGACCGUACUGCGCUCCUGGAAUCCCGAAUUCUUUACCCCAAGAGGACAGAACAGUGUCUCCAGUUCUUCUACAAGAUGAAUGGAAGCCCACAAGAUAGACUUGUCAUUUGGGUUCGUUUGGAUGAUGGCUCUGGCAAUGUCAGAAGAAUGAAGAAGAUCCAUACACUAUGGGGUGAUAAUGACCAUGACUGGAAAUUUGGACAAGUGAACCUGAACGCAAAUAAAAAAUUCCGUUACGUUUUCCAAGGAAUCCAGGGUGAUGACAAGACGACCAGUGGUGGCAUUUCAGUUGAUGACAUUUCGCUCAUGGAAACCCCAUGUCCACAUGCAGUAUGGCAAAUCCGCAACUUCAGCCAGAUCCUGGCUGGUACCGUUAAAGGAGAUCGCAUUGUCAGCCCCCGCUUUUACAGUCCAGAGGGCUAUGGUAUUGGAGUAGGCUUAUAUCCACAUGGCCAACCUGGUUCUACUUACAAUGACUACACUGGGAUUUCCUUUCACAUGGCCAGUGGGGAAGAUGAUGCUGUCUUGGAAUGGCCUGCUUUAAACAGACAAGCCCUGAUCACUGUGCUUGACCAGGACCCUGAUACCACUCAAAGGAUGUCAUCAAGUAGAAGCUUCACAACAUCUGCGUCUCAAAUAAUUGAAUCCAUGAAUAAUAUAUCACGUUGGGAGAGACCCUCAAUUAUCGGAACAUAUGACCCCAGUUGCAACUGCAACAGAACAGCAGACUAUGGAUGGACCACAUUCAUCGCUCACACCCAUUUAAAGCGAAGGAACUUUUUGAAAAAUGAUGAUCUCAUAAUUUUUUUGAAUUUUAAUGAUUUAACAUACUUAAUAAAGAGUGAGGUCCCUAUCAGAGCAAAACCAGAGCCAGCUGUUGAAGAACAUGGAGCUAUCCCAGACAGGAGAAAGCGUGCCCUACAGGACAGUGGAGAUGUUAUUAAUUAUGAGGCCCAUCUGAUGCCCCUGGAUGUCUCAUGCAAUCCCAACCCAUGCCUAAAUGGAGGUGCUUGUGUCAUGGAAAAAGGAAGAGCUAGCUGCAGAUGCUCCUCCAGCCAGGCCUUUUUCUACAGUGGGGAACAGUGUGAGUCAUCACAAAUGCACUCCCACGUCAUUGGAAUGAUGAUCGGUGGACUGGCUGGGACCAUAAUGUUGACAGUUUCCAUUAUUGCAGUAAUAAGCAGAAGAUAAAAUUCACAAAGUGUCUAUUUCUGAACAAAUAAAUAUCUUAUUGUUCCUCAAUCAAGUAAUAUCAAUAGAUUGCUGAUAUGUAAAACGUGUACUUUAAGUUAGUGCAA